GACACACAACAUGGCGGACUAGAAUAGUCGGCCGACGCGCCCGGAUACAGCGGAUAAACCGUGGGAUUUAAUCUCCAGGAAGGCGAAGAAAGUACCCUCCGAAGGGACGGUACGUUAGGGCGAAGUGAGGAUUUCUUUUAGAGAGGGGGUGCCUUCCUUGCUUGGAUUUAGUAGAUAAACUGACUGCGAAGUGUUGACUGUGUGUCCCAGAUCGUGCUUCCCUCCUCUGCUAUCACCCAGGUCCCCCCACCCCGCUCACACUCUCGGUUCCUGGGGUGUGGAGACUGGGGCCGGGGUUGAAAAACGUGGAAGCGAAAGAGAGGAUAAAUUCCUGGUUGGCUUUGAUUUUUGUAUCCCUCCUCCGGGUUUUCUUCGGGUGCUACAGGAGUUGUGGGCCACGGCGUGCGAAUGAGUGAUUGAUGCCAACUUCCCUUCUUCAGGGCAGAAUGGGUGUGUGUCCCCUGCUCCUGCUGCUCAGUCUAGCCCUCGGGGCCUCCGCCCAGGAUCAUGCCCCCAUCACAAGUCCUCCAAAUAUCACUGCUAAACCCACAGACCCUCCCGCCGCACCCUCCCUCAACUCAACCGCACCCACACCAGCCCCCCCAGGCCCACCCACAACGCUCGCCCCUGCAGUUAUCCCGGUGAUGACAACAAGAACAACAACGACCACCACCACUACAAGCCCAGCUGGUGGUGAGGACGUACAAGCUGUGGGUCCCAAUGGCACCACAAAAGUUUUGCCAGUUCCUCCACCCCCACCUCAAGCUCCAACUGAUGCCCCUCAGGCACCACCGAGCACUGAGUCUAACCCUCCUCCCACCCCAGCGGGGGGAGACAACAGGACCACAGCCUCAACUCCAGACACCCCAACAACAGAGAGUUAUGCUGAUAAGGAUAUAUUCAGCUUAGAGACAGAGACCAGCACAGAACCUGGAAAGGAGUUCACCUCAGACCCCAGCCCACAUGACAACAGCCCGGCUGAUGAAAUGCCAAUCAUAGCAGUGAUGGUGGCCCUGUCCUCCCUGCUGGUCAUCAUCUUCAUCAUCAUCAUCCUCUACAUGCUCAGGUUUAAGAAGUACAAGCAGGCAGGAAGCCAUUCAAACUCCUUUAGACUGACCAACGGCAGAUCGGAUGAUACAGAACUCCAGAGUGUCCCACUAUUGGCCCGUUCACCCAGCACAAACAGGAAGUACCCGCCCCUUCCUGUUGACAAGCUAGAGGAAGAAAUGAACCGUCGCAUGGCUGAUGACAACAAACUCUUCAGGGAGGAGUUUAAUGCGCUGCCAGUCUGCCCCAUACAGGCAUCAUGUGACGCUGCCUCCAAGGAGGAGAAUAAAGAAAAGAACAGAUAUGUCAACAUCCUGCCAUAUGAUCACUCCAGGGUGCAUCUCUCAUCUCUGGAGGGAGUCCCUGACUCUGACUUCAUCAACGCCUCCUUUAUAAAUGGUUAUCAAGAGAAGAAUAAGUUUAUUGCAGCUCAAGGGCCAAAGGAGGAAACAGUAAAUGACUUCUGGCGAAUGAUCUGGGAGCAGAACACAGCUACCAUUGUCAUGGUGACCAAUCUGAAGGAGAGAAAAGAGUGUAAGUGUGCACAGUACUGGCCGGACCAGGGCUGCUGGACAUACGGGAACAUCCGAGUAUCUGUAGAAGACACAAUGGUUCUGGUGGACUACACCAUCCGCAAGUUUUGCAUCCAGCAGGUGGGAGAUGUGUCUGGGAAGAAGCCUCAGAGGCUCGUCACCCAGUUCCACUUCACCAGCUGGCCAGAUUUUGGGGUGCCCUUUACCCCUAUUGGCAUGUUGAAGUUCCUCAAGAAAGUCAAGACCUGCAACCCCCAGUAUGCCGGGCCCAUUGUGGUCCAUUGUAGUGCGGGUGUGGGGAGGACAGGUACCUUCAUUGUGAUCGAUGCCAUGUUGGACAUGAUGAUCGCUGAGAGGAAGGUGGAUGUGUUUGGCUUCGUCACCAGGAUCAGAGCCCAGCGCUGUCAGAUGGUCCAGACUGAUAUGCAGUAUGUGUUCAUCUUCCAGGCGUUGUUAGAGCACUACCUUUACGGAGACACAGAGCUAGAAGUGACCUCUCUGGAGUCCCACCUGGCCAAACUCUACACCCCCUCACCUGGAGCUGGCUGCAGUGGCCUGGAGGCUGAAUUCAAGAAACUGACAUCCAUCAAGAUCCAGAAUGACAAGAUGAGAACAGGCAACCUGCCCGCCAACAUGAAGAAGAACAGAGUCCUACAGAUCAUUCCAUAUGAGUUUAACAGAGUGAUCAUUCCCGUCAAACGAGGAGAGGAGAACACUGACUAUGUCAAUGCCUCUUUCAUUGAUGGCUACCGCCAGAAGGACUCGUACAUGGCGAGCCAGGGCCCCCUGCAGCACACCAUAGAGGACUUCUGGAGGAUGAUCUGGGAGUGGAGAAGCUGCUCCAUAGUCAUGCUCACUGAGCUGGAGGAGAGAGGCCAGGAAAAGUGUGCUCAGUAUUGGCCCAGUGAUGGAGUGGUGGUCUACGGGGACAUCUCCAUCGAGAUUAAAAGGGAGGAGGAGAGUGAGAGCUACACAGUGCGUGACCUCCUGGUCACCAACAACAGGGAGAACAAGGCUCGAGCGGUGCGUCAGUUCCAUUUCCACGGCUGGCCAGAGGUGGGUAUCCCCACUGAUGGGAAAGGCAUGAUCAAUAUAAUCGCUGCGGUGCAGAAACAACAGCAGCAGUCUGGCAACCACCCCAUCACUGUACACUGCAGUGCUGGCGCUGGCCGGACAGGGACUUUCUGUGCGUUGAGUACAGUGCUGGAGAGGGUGAAGGCAGAGGGCAUCCUGGAUGUCUUCCAGACUGUCAAGAGCCUCAGACUGCAGAGACCCCACAUGGUGCAGACACUGGAACAGUACGAGUUCUGCUACAAAGUGGUCCAGGAGUAUAUCGAUGCCUUUUCUGACUACGCCAACUUCAAGUAGGGACCCGCCAUGGAUGGAUUGAUAGGUGGAUGUCAGCAUACACUUGAUACAAGCACGCACCAGAUCCUACACACACAUACAUUACCAUGCAGAAACCUGCAUAUUCCCAUCUGGUGGAUUAAAAAAAUAAAUAAAAAGGACUCAUCACAACUUGAUCUGUGGAUGGGAUGAACUGCCCGAAAGGAAAAGGGAACAGACGUCUCGGCCCGGAGGACAGGGCAGUGCAGUCGGACAGAGAAAAUAACUGAGAUGCCUUCUUGAAUAUUUUGUAAUAUUGGUCUUGUUAAUACAGCCCUUCAACCCUAUUUCCUUCUCAUCUCUCCCCCAUAUGUAUAUAUACUUACUGUGUUGCAUCUUAUUACUUUGGUUUCAGACACAGUUUUGAGUUUGGCUGCAUUUUCGGGUGGCACCUGUAAUGUAUUUUAUUGGUAUAUAUAUAAAUAUAUAAAUAUAUAUGAAUAUGAAUCUAAUGCUUU